GUCAGAUUUCUCCUUACCGAUUUCAUUAGGUUUCAGGACAAAAAUACACAUUUUUGUUCAGUUUGAUUUACACAGAACACUACGUGACCUGCGUAAGUUCUGCGGUACUGAAUCGUGAAUGUGUGACGGGAUGGUGCUGUUAUUUGUGCAUCAGCAUGGCGGUGGUGAUCCGUUUACAGGGACUCAGAACGGCCGCAGGUUCUGAGGACAUUCGCAAUUUCUUCACUGGCCUAAAAAUCCCAGAUGGUGGGGUGCACAUUAUCGGUGGGCCGCUUGAGGAGGCUUUCAUCAUCUUCGCAUCAGAUGACCAUGCGAGGCGGGCGAUGACACGCUCUGGAGGGUGCAUCAGAGGCUCCCCGGUCCACCUCUUGCUGAGCAGCAAAGCUGAGAUGCAGCAUGUCCUUGAGGCAAGCGCAAAGAGAACUGAGAUGAGCAGAAAUAGGGUGUACAACGAGGGAUUCCGAAGGGCCGAAACAAACAUGGGCCCACCUAUUUUUGCUGAGAACCUGGUGGUUGAAGUACGAAGAACGGACCACUUGGAAAUGGAUGGCAUCACUGGCCCAGAGGAUAUGCGUGUUCAUCAAACAAGAAAGACUUUGGCGAGUGGAAACGAUGGUUUCUACCUGCACUUGCAAGGUUUGCCAUUUUCCAUAUCCAGGGAAGACGUGAGAGUUUUUUUCAAAGGGUUGCUUGUUGAUGACAUCAUUCUCAUGAAAAAUCGGCGGGGCCAGAAUAACGGGAUGGGUAUAGUCAGAUUUGGAACUCUACAUGAUGCUUACGAGGGCCUGAAGCGGGACCGCGAGUACAUUGGAACUCGGUUUAUAGAAAUAAACUCCUGCUCAGAGAAGCAGUGGGUUGAAGCUGGGGGCAGCGUAGGACCUCACACGGGCAACGCUGCUGAGUUUCACAGGGAGUCCCCUCCGUCAUAUGUGGAAAAGAGGUACCCUCAACAACGCACAAGGUCAGUCUCACCAGUUAGGUACAGGUCACGGUCUUCUUCUCCAUCAGAAAAUGAAUACUGUGUUCUGAUGGAAAACCUCUCGUACUCGGUAGACAAGAGAGGCAUAAAAAGUUUCUUCCAUCCAGUGGAACUGAAGGAAGACCAGAUUCUUCAUCUGCAUGACAAAUACGGGAAAAGGACAAGGGCAGCUUUCGUGCUGUUCAGGAGUCUGAAAGACUACUGUGCUGGUUUGACCCGCCACAAAGAAGCCCUUGCCUCCCGAACAAUCUAUGUGUCUCCAAUUUCCAAAGAAAAAAUGGUGGCGAUGCUGGACUCCCCAGAACAGAAGAUGGAGAAGUCUCGUGAAAAGCCCAGCACAUCACUGGACAGGGCUCAACGCUCACAAAGGCCAAAGUAUGAAUCGGAAAGGGUCUGCAUCUAUGUCCGUAACCUACCUUUUGAUGUACGCAAGGUUGAGAUCAUGGAUUUCUUCCAAGGUUAUCGGUUAUCGGAGGACAUGGUUCACCUGCUGCGUGACGAAAAGGGGGCUGGGCUUGGUGAGGCUUUGGUGACAUUUCAUUCGGAGGAGGAGGCACAGAGGGCUGAGUCUCUCCAUGGGCAGAUGUUCCUUGGGUCUGAGGUGAUGUUGAAAUGCAUCUCCAGGAUGCAAAUGCAGGAGUUUGGUGUCACAGAACAUCCAAGGAAGAGUGCAGAGCAUUCACUGAGGAUGAGGAGCCCAGAAGGUUAUUCUACCAGACACAGGGAAGCGUCUAACUUUCCACUUGGUGAAGAAUAUCCAGACAUUGGAAUCCCCAGUGAUGUCCAAUUGCCUCUAAGAAACUUGCCUGUUCGCUCUCAUGGGAGUAGCAGUAGGUUCAAUUCACGCAAGGAUGGCCGUGACACGUUUGUUGAUCGAGAGGGUGGGUCUGCGCAAAGAGGGCUUGGUAACCAAUUUGACGGUCCUGCUUGUCUGAAGCUGAUUAAUCUCCCAUUGAAUAUCACCAUUGAUGAGAUCUAUGACUUCUGCUAUGGAUACAGAGUGAUUCCAGGCUCUGUCUCAUUGCAGUACCACAAGAAUGGGACUCCUAAAGGAUGCGCAACUGUAGUCUUUGAAUCACGCCAAGAAGCACAGACUGCUAUUCAGGAGCUGAGUGGAAGACCAAUUGGGACCAAAAAAAUUAAAUUGGUUUUUCUUUAAAUACAAAUGCAUUUGGCUUGCUAAGUAUGUUGUUUCAUGACUUUCUUUACUCUUAACCAAGGCUUUAGAGAAAUGUUUUAUAACAUGUUUAUUUUCUCCUUUUUUGUUUUACUGAAUAUGUACCAAUAGGAGGAAGGAGGAGAACCCAUGUUGUGCGUAAGUUAUAAAAACGUGUGGCACAUACCGAUUAGCUAAACACAAACGGUUAGAACUGUUUUGUUCAUGCUAUAUCAUGUACAGGAAUAUAAUCAUUAGCUGAUAAUGUUGUUGAAUCCAUUGGUUUGUUGUAAGAAAAUGCCUUAAACAUCAGUAAUUAGCUUUUGGAGGAUUUAAUAUGAAGUAAAAAAUAAGUUUUAUACCUUUUAACUCGUUUGAUUUUAAUUUCUGUGUCCAUUUUUUAUAAUUGUAUAUACAAAUUUAAUGGUUUGUGGAACAAAAUUCUUCCUCUGGGUUACCUUGAUGCGUUCAGUAUUUGAUUAUUUUCCCCAGAUUUUAUAAACAAAGGCAUUCUUUAGAGUCUCUGGAUUUAAUUGCAGUUCUUUAAAUUUGCAAGCUUACAUAUUUGUAUUUGAUUGCUUCACAUAUCAAAAGGGACUGUGCCAUGCAGUCACCUUGGUUGGUUGACAUCUGAUGUACAAGAGCACCUGCUGGGCAGCACAUGGGGUUGGACAGUCCUUGUGGCCAUUACCUGUGAUCCAUCCCUUUUAAAUACAGAGUGCCAAGCAGUGGCAAUUGGUGGUAUUUUUGAAGUAUGAUUAUUCUAAGAAUGCAACCUUCAGCUUUCCAAGGUCUGGGAUCCCAUGUUUAUGGAAAGAUAAGGACGUAUGAUGUAAACAGGAGCCCUUUUUUCUCUGUCUUGCAUUCGGUAUGUUUUUUUCUUUUUUUUAAAUAUUGUCUUCUUGGCCUUUUCCCCCCAGAUCAUCACUCAGACACCCCAUACGUGCAGUCAGCCUUUGUGAAUAUUACAGAUGCUAAAAGUGCCAGGGUUCGUCUGAAGAUGACCUUUCUAACUGAAAUGUGUAGCUUUCAAGAGCUUGGAGGGCUACUGCAAAGAACAAGUUACAAAGCUCGGUAAUAUGUUUGAGUAAGGAAUAAGUGUUCUCUUCCCAGCAAAUCAAUACUAAUUAAACUGCAUUACCCUACUAAUAAUUGAACACAGUCCUAAUGCUUCCACUGCAUACUUUCAGAAGAGAAAUGGAGUGUCCAGUGUACCACAGUGUCUUUCCAUGUAUAGAAUAAUGGGAAUGGUAACAGUUGUCAUUUGAACCACAAGGCCAAUGCACACUUAUGUGGUAGGUAUUUUUGCUGCAGGGCCAUUCGUCUUGUAUUACAAAAUUCCUUUUUAAAAGUUCUGUAAAGUCCUAUACUGGUUCAGGACUGCAGAAGAAAGCUGUGCACUGCUUUAAAUCAUGAGCUUACCCACUCAACUCUGAAAUGGUCUUUCUUGGUCCCAGACAAGAGCACGCUGGGUUUUUUGAGUGUUUGUGCUAGUGUUCCCUGGGUUAGCAUGUCCAGGCAUGCUUUUAAUAAAGUUGGUUUUACACUUUUUGGAAAUAGCCUGUUUUUUU